AUGGCAAAGCUUUUGCUCUUCCUUUUGGUGAACUUUCUCACUCUAGGCAGUGGGGGCUCUUUGUCUUAUGAUUUCUACAAUACUUCUUGUCCGGAUGUGGAAGAUGUAGUGAGAGAAACAUUGGCACCCAUCUUUCUCACUCAUCCUACUGCUCCUGCAGCUCUACUCAGGCUUAUGUUUCAUGAUUGCCAAGUUCAGGGCUGUGAUGCAUCAAUCCUGUUAGACACUGAUCACCCUAGAAUAAGCUCAGAGAUGAUCUCUAGCAAGAACUUCGGAAUCAAGCAUCGUGAAUCGAUCGGGAUCGUAAAAGAGGCGGUUGAGAGUGUCUGCCCUAACCAAGUGUCAUGUGCUGAUAUUAUCGUCCUAGCAGCAAGGGAGUCUGUCGCCGUCUCCGGUGGGCCCUAUGUCGAGGUUGCACUAGGCAGACGGGACUCGACCAUUACAGAUGCCACACUUGCCGACACGUUUCUUCCUUCUGCGAAUGUUGGCGUAGAUGAAGCACUUAGGAUCCUAACCGCUAAGGGGUUGAAUCUCGAAGAGUCCGUCGCCAUUUUAGGUGCACACACUCUAGGAGCCACGCACUGUGUGAACAUCAUUAACAGAUUGUACGGCCCGAAAGCAGACACCGGCAUCAUCUUAGAUUUCAAAAUGUUGCUCCAAUUGAAUUGCCCAUUGGGGGUCACAUUGGCUAGCAACGCAACCUUCGUGGCUAAUGAUCCGACGUCCUUAGCCUUCGAUAACCAGUUCUAUCAGCAGAUUCUUACAGGGAAAGGGUUGCUAAGGGUCGACUCCGAGAUGCAGCACAGCGCAUUCACAUCACCUCUCGUCGCACGAUUCGCGGAUCACCAAGAUUACUUCUUUCGUGUUUUCUCCUCUGCAUUUUUGAAGCUCUCAUCUUAUCAAGUCUUAACAGGAAACCAUGGCCAAAUUCGAAAGUGGUGUGAUAGAGUAAAUUGAGCGCUUGUUUCCUUAAUUAUUUUUUUCCGUUCUUUGAAUUUUGGAAGUUGGUAUGAGAAGAUAAUUCAGUAGAACCUAACUGUUUUCUGCUCUCCAUGUAAUGCACCCAUAUAAUUUAGGGUAU